AGUUAAUAGUCCGGAAUCAGCUUGUGCUAUAGUGUGGCUCUUUCUGGAUGAGAGGAGACAGCAGCGUCCUGCCCUUGGCUUGAGCAAUGCUGAGACGCUGCGCUAUGCGCCUGCGCACUUUUGGGGCCACGCCUGCGAGGCGGCCUGGAGCAGCGAGGAGGUUAUCUUCUUCUGAGAAAGUCAUUCAUAAGGACUAUGCUCUCCCUAACCCCAGCUGGACUAAGGACCUGAGACUCCUUUUUGACCAGUUCAUGAAGAAAUGUGAAGAUGGUUCCUGGAAACGUUUGCCUUCAUACAGACAAAACCCUACUCAAGCCCUUCAAGAGUUCCAAACCCGUUUUGUUGACUCAAAGUUUAAGAAAGAAGAACAAAUGUCCAAGGCCCAACAGUUCUCCAGAAGCUUAGAGGAAGGGCUAGGCUUUGAGUAUGUGAUGUUCUAUAAUAACGUUGAGAAGAGGAUGGUCUGCUUAUUUCAAGGAGGUCUUCACCUGCAAGGAGUACCUGGAUUUGUUCACGGAGGUGCCAUUGCGACCAUCAUUGACAUCACUACCGGCAUGUGCGCAAUUGCUGAGGGCGUUGCCAUGACUGCCAACCUCAACAUCGACUACAAAAAACCUAUCCCCCUUCUUUCUGUUGUUGUGGUAAAUAGUCAACUUCAAAAAAUUGAAGGAAGGAAACUUUUUAUUUCCUGUACUAUUCAAAGUAUUGAUGAGAAGACUUUAUACACAGAGGCAACAGCCUUAUUUAUAAAGCUGGAUCCUGACAAACCUUUGACAUAAAAGAACUUCUGGUGAGUUCCACACUGUUCUGCAUGAGGUUCUCCCCCCUCCAGAAGCGGCACCUAUCUCUCCACAGCUGCUAAAUCCCCCAGGGAAAGUCUGUCCUCAAGCCCCUGCAGAGCAGCCUCUGAAAUAAGUCUGCAGGGACUCACUCUCCACCUUCUGGAUUUUUCAUAAGAAGUACUUUCUGGGAGAGUCUUGACAGUAAUCUGUAUCUCCUUAGGACAAAAGUGUGGUUCUGACACGUGAAUAGACUUUAAAGCUAACAAGCAUAGGACCUGCUCAGCUGUGGACUGCAGGGGGGGAGAAAAAGACUGUAUUGAAACUUUGACUGCAAACAUGGAAAUGCAAGAAAACCAAAGGCAGGGAUAAAUGUAUGGAAUUUAGUAAGUGAGGUGCGUAUGUGCGUAAGCCACACUGCAUGUUACAAAGCUAGGUUUGUAUCUGAACAAACAUCUCUGGUCAUAUUAGGGAACACAGCUCAUUUCCCUGGGAACAGCCCCCAUGCCUCAGUUGUCUGGGGCCCUAGAGAUUAAAAUACUGUUCAUUUGUUUCUGCCUGUGCUAUUGUAUCUUGAAACACUGUAGCUGUCAUCCCUGGAAGAAGGCUCUGUUAGCUUUCUGGAACUAUAAUGAAGAACUACAAGCUACCUGAUUUAAACAAACAAAAAUGUCACUGUCACAGUCCCAAACACCAGAGUCUAAAAGUAUUAACAAAAUGUUGCUUCCUAAGGUUCUGUGUGGGAACUUCCACAUCUCUCUCCUGGCUUCUACCAAGGAAGCAUCCAGCUUACCUUGGUUUUUAGACACAGCAUAAUUUCCAAUUGUAUCUCUUUUUCAUCUUCUCUCUAUUGUAUCCAAUUUCUCUCUGUGAAUGUUUAUUUAUUUAUUUGUCUGAGUGUGUGUGUAUGUUCAGGUGCUAAAAUAAAUUGGGAGAUUAAUGUUCUAGAAAG